UUUAACGCUUUAACUGUUGGCCGUAGAAAUCCGGAAAUUGCGGCUCCGGAAAAAUUACGAUUGCGCAUAAAUUACGCGACAUAAAAGGCCCUUAUUGAACCUAUUCCGCCCGUAAAUAAAAUUACGGCUUGAUUUACAUCCGACGCCCGUCGCCAGACGCCGCUCAAGUUCUUUUUUUUUACUUUUUCUCUCGUCCAUUCCCCGUCAUCCCACUUCUGAACUCUCGCCUCGUCCCAGCGUUUCGAUAAUCUUACGAUUCGUUUUAUACGAACGUGCUAACUUUCGUCAUGUGGGGUACCUGGCUAAUAGGUAUCAGGCACCGACCAAAAUAGGAACUAAUUGUCAGAGUUCCCACACGUUCGUUGCACGGCGAUGCUUUUUUCUAGCCUAAUUGGACCGACGCCGUACCGGGUGUUCGUAUUUAUCCGGACCGGGAGAAAUUUCUUCAAAACGCGUCUAUUCAUAGGCUCACUUGGCAAUCGCAUCGAUUUUAAAUUAAAUUUCUAAAGAGACGCGACAGUUGUGCGCGCGUAAUUGCACCGUUGACGAUCUCUGCGAGGGUGUCUCGCCGGAUGUUGCUUCAAGUCGGCGCAGCGAAACGUCUUAAUUACCGAAUUGCCAAAAGUCACUUUUCAAACACUGACGGUUGAUUUUUUUCCUCGUCGACACGUUUUCUAUCCAUUGCGACUCACUCAGAGUUUUUCGUAGUCUAUGACUGCAGGUCAAGCCGGAGUAAAACUUUCUAAUCACCUGUACUUCAUUUCCGGUUGGGUUUCUUCGAAAGGAGCAGCUAUUCUAGCGAUUGCUGUGGUCUAGCUAGCACUUUCAUUCUCUUUCAGCUGUCAUUUAAAACUAACUCUUUUUAAGAACAAACCUUAAAAACUUUCUCGUGGUACAAACAGCCACCGAAAGUCCAGGACUCUACGCAGUUUUCUGACCAUCUCCCAAGGUUUCUCCACUGCACAGUCAGAUGCUCACUGUCUGAUAUAUAACCUAUGGUAACUGAUAUUGAGAUCAUCUCUGGUCAUGGAAUGGAGUAAAACCUCUACAUCAUUUAAAUUUUGCCUAAUGCUCUAGGGCAGUUCACAUUUUUAACGGGAUUUUGCGCAUCGAAGGCCUAGUUUUCUUCCCCAUUUCUUCCCCCUGCUUAGACUUUGCCAACACCUUCAGAUGCUCACUCACGAACCAUAAAUGAUAUUUUCAUUUUCCUAUUUCGACUCUACGCAUUAAAGAUUCCAGUUUUCUGGUGAUUGCUCAGGUUUCUCCAUAGCACCGUCAGAUGAUCACUAUCGGACAUGUAACCUUUGAUAACUGACAUUGGUCAUGGUUGAUUGACCAACACCUUCUGAUGCUCACUAACGAGGUACUUUUGUAGACCUUCUUGAACCCUAAAUGAUAUUAAGAUCAUUUCCGAUCCUAGUCGAUUCGCUAGGUUAAAACUUGCUGUCUAAUCUUCUGGCCUUUUGCUGCAUGGCACAAGCGGAGUUGUAGCUAACCAAUUGGCUAAGCCUAGAACCAGGGGCGUGACGAAAUCGAUCACGAUCAAGCCCACGCGCGAUAAAAAUAAUAAUGGUCCAGUCUUCUUCAGCAUGCAUGCUUAGACUUUACCAACAUCUUCAGAUGCUCACUAACGAGGCACCAGCGGAGUUGUAGCUAACCCUAGAGCCAGGGGCGUGACGAAAUCGAUCACGAUCAAGCCCACGCUCGAUAAAAAUAAUAAUUGUAAUUUCGGAGCGGAUAUUUAAAACUUAAUUAACCGCGGCACAAUUUACUGUAGGCGCCAGCGACUGGUUUACCGAGCCGAGAUAGGCGCAUUAACGGUCGCCCACCACAACGAACCCGUUCUUUCUCCGCCGAAUACGUCGCGAUAGUCGCGCGACCGCGUAGAGCGGCGAAGACCCGAAAAAAUGGCGACCAUUUGUUUCCGACCGCCCCCGAUACCGCCCAACAAAAAACCGACAGCGUUCGCGGCGAAACGCGCCAUCAAUAAUAACCACCCUUCGUUGUCGUCGACGUAUCUGAGUUUCCGCGAUGCCUUCGACGACGAUAUCGUCCACGUGGAAAACAACCCCGCUCGGCGACGCUGCAGACGCGUGUCGCACACUAACUCUUUGAACCGCGGCCGCGACGUCAAAGUGCCGUUGAGCAGAAGUCACUCCGACGGCAACAUCGACAAGCAAGGCAUCGACGAAGACGGUGGUUCGCAUCCACUAUCGAUCAGUCGAUACAUGAGGGUGUUGAGCGGCAGCUGGAAAAAUCUACUCAAUCUGGGCGGCAUGUCGCGGCCGCCUAAGCCAGCGGCCACGGCGAAAAAAGUAGCCCCGCCAGCAGUACCGCACGAGUUCCGCCAUUCUGGCAGCUCUUUCGGCAGUGCGGGUUACGGCAGUUCCGAGGACGGAGGCGGGUUUUUGGUGCCCGGCGACCCGCCCGGGGUUCCCAGAGACGACCAUUCCGAUUAUGGCAGUACCGUCAGCGGCAGUACCGGCAAGUCGCCGGGACCGAUCUUCCCGGCGCCCGCCUUUACCUUUCCGGGUCAGCCGCCUCCCGGCGCCGUGCUCACUCACAAAGCGGCCGUUUACUACCACCACCAGCUCAGCCUGCAGGAGGACCAGGGCAUCGACAUGACCCAGUCGCCCGGACGAGAUAGUCCGGGCUCGUCGAGCGGGAGCGCCGGAUCCGGCUCCCGGCACAGUACCGCCUCUUUGGACAGCGGUCGCGCCUCGUACCAUCCACUGAGUACCGCCGGUCGUAGCACGAUCAGCUCUUCCAACAGUCCCCGAUGUUCGUUGAGCUCGUGCUCUAUCGGUUCCGAUCAGGGGCGUAUCGAACGCAUGAUCCACCAGGGACUGCCGGACCAAGAGAUUAUCCACUCGUGGUUGGUCGACCUGCAGUUUGAAGAGUACUUCCCGCUGUUCGUAUCAGCCGGUUACGACCUGCCGACCAUAGGGCGGAUGACGCCCGAGGACUUGACCGCGAUCGGCAUCAAGAAACCGAACCAUCGGAAGAAACUCAAGGCCGAGAUCGCGCAGCUCAACUUGCCCGACAAUCUCCCGGAGUUCGUGCCGGGCUCGCUCGAGGAGUGGCUCAGUUUGCUACGACUCGACGAGUACAUGGCCGCGUUCGUCGACCAGGGUUAUCAGACGAUCGACGACGUCGCCCAGCUGACCUGGGAGGACCUGGAGGAGUUCGGCAUCGUGAAACUCGGCCACCAGAAGAAGAUCAUGCUCGCUAUUAAGCGGAUCAAGGACAUCAAGGCGGGCAAACGGAUCGGCGGCGCCGCGGACUCCGGUCGGAUGUACGCGACGCAGGAUGUGUUGGUGCACGUGCCGGUGGAGCUGCCGUCGCCGGGCGUUCCCAGCGUACACAGCACCUUCCGUUCAUUUCACCAGCCGUGGGAGAUCGACCAGACCAGACAGAUGACCGCGUCGAUGGGCCCGCACUUCGCGCCACCCCUGUUUUGCACCGACAUAGUCCCCAUAAAGAUCAGGACCGGGCGCGGUAAAUCGCUGGAGUCGCUCGAAGAUCCGACGGAGAGGACGCACCACACCUUCUCGCAGGACAACACCCACACGUUCUACUACCAGCAGUCGAUCGGGUGGCGACCGCGCUCUUACGACGACGGCGAUAUCACGCCUACCAACGAAUCGGGACUCCUGUACGAGGGCGGGGGCACGUUGCCGCGUCCGCGUGGCGUCAUCAGACCUCGACCCAUCGCGAAGAUCACGGCCAAGGCUCGGGAAUCGUUCCCGGACUUUGAGAAACCGCAGUUCAAUCCCGAGAAGUACGCGAGUCCGCAAUACAAGACGCUGCCCAGAGAGCUGAUCGACACCGGCAAGUACCGCGUGCACUACGGCAGUCCCCUGAUGGGGAAAAAGAUUCCGCCCAAUCCGCCGAAACGCUGCGAUAGCGACGGCGCCGAGCACACCACUACCGUCGAGAUCCACCACGUACAAACGUCGAGUCCGUUGCCGUUGCCCGCGUAUCCUAGCUCGGACAGUUUGAGUAUAUCGCUGGACGGCCAGGGUGAUUUGCCGUUGCCGCCGCCUCCCGCUCCCGGCACCCCGCCCGGCGUUUCCGCCCAAUGCAAGCUGAAUACGUCGCAGUCGUGGGGCGCCGAAGAACAGGAGCUGAUCAAGACGUUGGCGCUGCAGCACAGGAACGGGUCUGAUGCCAGUUUUAAGUCGAGUUCGAGCACAGAGUCGGAUUCGCUGCCGUUCGCCAACGAAAACGCGGGCACCAUUAGGACGAGAGCGGGCGGGCGUCAAGCGGGCGAAUUCUCGUCGCCAAAACCGAGACCGGCGGGUCUGCCCCCUCAUCCGUCCCCCGGGCCGGCGGCCACCCGCAACGCUCGAGCCGAGCCGGCCGACGUGCUGAACGACAUAGGGAACAUGCUGGCCAACCUUACCGACGAGCUGGACGCCAUGCUCGAGGAGGAAAAGAGACAGCAAUAAGGGCGUGUACAGUGGGUGUAAAAAAAAAUGUAAAUUUGUUCCCCUUUUUUUUAAUCAGUGGCGGUGGAUUAGACGAUCUCUUUUUUAAAUGGACUUUUGUACGUGUCCCGACAUAACCUAUAAUGUAAAUAAUUCGUAGAGUAUGUACCGAAUUUUUUUCUAGCCCCCUCCGUAGGAUGUGUACAUAGAGACCUUAUACCUUAUAUAUAUAUAUAUAUAUAUAUAUAUAU